AUGAUUAUGCCUUCCUAAUUUGUAGUUUCAGAUCGUUAACUUUUUGAUUUCAAGAAACCUCAGAAUAAAUCAGAUUCAGAAGAUGAAAUGCAGUCCUAACAAUUACUCUUGCAAAAUUACACAAGAAGAUAGAAAAAACUAUUGGAUAUUGAAGCUAUUAAAUAAGAGCUAAAUAGUAGACCCUAAAUUGAUACUGAAGUUACUCCCAGGAUCGGUAAAAAGACAUCUCGCUUGAUGGCUAAAAGUCCACCUAAUUUUAUACUUCCCACUUCCCCAGUAUUGAUAGAAUAAUUGCAAUUGGUUACUUCCAUCAAAUUGAUGAAAGAACAAGUCCCAGCUGAAAUUAUGAAUAAGUUCUACUCUGAAUUAAGGUAAUAUAGUCAUAGAUUUUAGAUAUUUAUAUGUUCCUGCUAGCACCACAGUUUAUAGGUAAGGAGACCUAAAUAAAAAAUAUUACAUCCUCUUAGAUGGAAAAUGUGUAGUAAUGAAACCUAAAGAUAAAAUGAUUGGUUUUCAUAAGUUAGAGUAGGAAUUAGAAGGCAAGGCUAAAAAACAAAAUAUGCGAAGGAAUGAUCCUGAUCCCUAUGGAUUGAAGAGUGCUUUUCCAGAUUAUAUAAUUCUCAAAGUCUUAGUAAAUGGAGAGUAAAAUUAUUAUUAAGUACAGCGCUUUCGGGGAAGCAGCAAUCAAAUUGAAUAGUGCAAGAGCUUCUACUGUUUUUGCAAUUGAGAACUCGCAUCUCGUCUUCCUCAGUGAACAAGCCUAUUUAUAACUGCUAGAUCCCUUUCUUAGUAAAUCUUUGGAUGAUAAAACUAUCUAUUUUACUCAAACUCCAAUAUUCAAAGAAAUUGACUUCGAAUUGAAUGAAAUUAUGGGAAUCCUUAUAGAGUGUCAUCAAAUCACAUACAAGGCAUCAGAAAUACUAUACGAAGAAAAUGAAAGAUCCAAUCACAUCUAUUUCAUAAUUAAUGGCCAAGUAGAAUUGUCUAAACAAUUGAAAUCUAAACAAAUCGUUCUGUCUUCUUAUGGUGAAUAUUAACAUUUUGGAGAAGUCGAAAUAUUUCAUAAAAUACCAAGAUUCACAAGAGCAAGGGUGAUAUCUCCUAGACUUACUGCGUAUAAAAUUAGGCAAUCUAAAUUCUUUGAUAAUUUAGGAAACAUACAAAUUUAUGAAAACUUUAAAAGUACUUCAAAGGUAAUACUUAAGCAUUGGACUCUUAUUUAUGAAACAGCCAAAACUCAAGUAAAUUAAAAGGAUGAAAUCUUUCAAGCAGCUCAAGAUCAAUUAAUUAAUCGAAGAAAUGAAGCCUCAAAAUAAAUUGUUAAUAAAUAGAUUAUAGAAGUUCAGGGAGAUAAACUCAGUCAAGUCAAAGUAUUCCAAAAUCUUGCUGAUAGCAAUAUUCAGGAUAUUAACUCAAUUGGAAAUUCACCCAUCAAAACUAUUUUAUAACGGGUCUACAGCAACGCUCUUUAGCAAUACUAAGCUAAAUUACUUAAGAAGCCUUUAUAGACCCAAUGUUCUGACGAUCAUUGUAUUAGAAGUCAUAAAGACAAGUAAGUGUCAUUUACAUAAUGAAAGAACCUUUUUUUACACGGAAAGGAGUAGUCCAGAGAGAAGAAGAUAUAGCCAAUUGAAUCCGAGACUACCUACCAUGGCCUAGAAUUCAUCUUCAAAUUCUAAAGUCGAUUUGAAUUAGGUCUUUGAGUCAAUUAGUAGGUUGCCUAGAAUUCCAAGAGAUAACCUUGUUUUAUCUUUGAUGUAUUAAUAGGCAUACAAAUCAGAGAAUCCUGAGAAAAAGGCCAAAUAGAUUUAGUAAGUGAUUUAAGCCUCUUUUCGAAAUGUCAAAGGAGAUUUGAAAUCAAAAGACAAAGUUGUAACUAGUUGGAAAUAUAAAUCGUCUGAUUAAAUUAUUAAGAAUUUAAAGUAAAGUGAUGCAAGCUAAGAGAGGAGAUUCAAAGAAGACUAUAUGGUUUUUGUUUAAUCUAAAAGACUAUCUUGA